UGUAUUUUAAAAAAAUUUUUUUUUUUUUUAUCGUUAAAAAACUGAAAACCGAAUGUGACCUUUUUUUUUAACAACUUCUCAAAAUGAUCUCAUUGUGUUACUGGUUUCCUCUCCGAAUUUUCACCGCGAUUUCAAAGAAUUCUUCAACUUGAAUGCUAAAAUUUUGUUAACAAAAACUUUGAUAAUAAGUUACUUAAUUAAUAUUCGAAAGCAUUACUGACGAUACAGAUUUUCGCUUGAAGGCUUCCUAGCUAGCUGUCAGGUAGACAGACUCCUGGUUUAAUAAGUGAUUUAUUCAGUUUUCGGGAUUAACUUUCUAUUCAAAACGAUUGCUCGCAUUCUUUAAAUUGAUCUGCGAGCAUAAAUUAAGAAUAUGUUGUGAGUUUCACGUGUGGUAGAGUAUUCAAUGCAGGCGAGUAUGUGAUCUAUUUCUUGUAUCGUAUAUACGAGCAAUUAAACUACCCUUUAAAUUCUGAGCAGCAUUUAUCAAUAAUGGCGCCUAUGCCCACCUCCAAAAAACCCAACAAUGCCAAUCCAAAUUUCCUCUAUGCCACGAAUGUAAGCGACGGAAGUAGCAGUCCUACAUCAUCAAGCCCACCAUCGAGUACAGAUCCGGCCAAAUCGCAAUGCUCCUCGCUAUCGGAUGGCGAAUCAUUUGAAGGUUAUGGUGAAAAUGAAUUGGGCAGCAUACACUUGAACCAUGGCGGCCAAUUGCAUGAUGGCUCGAACAAUGAACGCAAAAUUAAUUUGAACGGUUCAGGCGUCCAAUUAGAAUUAAAACCUCAUAGUGGUCACUCCUCAACGCCACAACAGCAAGAUGAUGAUUUAAAUAUUUUGCCGCGAGAUAAUUGGGCGCGCAUGAGUCUGCGCCGUACACCAAAUAGCAAUCCCGAUAGUUUAGCUAAUCGUCGUUGGGGCUCCAUGAGACAUUCCGGCAGGCGGCAAUUGGGCUCCAAUGCCUUAGCCAGUCAACUUUAUAGAUCAUCGAGUUUUAACUCAUCUGGCCGUAGUUCCAACUGUGAUACAACCGAAGACAUGUAUAGCGAUGUUAGUUUGGAGAAUGUUCAGGAUAUUAGUUAUAAGCUGGAACUAUUGCAACGUCAGGUUACCGAUUUGGCCGAUACACAAAACAAUAUUGCCGACGAUCGCACCACACGCACAAAAACCGAAUAUGCGGUCUUACAGGCGCGUUAUCACAUGCUCGAAGAGCAAUUUCGCGAAGCCGAAUUGAGAUCGGAAGAACGCUUGGCCGAAGAACAGAAACGUCAUCGUGAAUUGUUGGCUCGUGUGGAGCGUGAGGCUGCAUUGCAGAAUGAAAAUUGUCAAAUUAAAAUUAAAACGACAGAAAUUGAGGCGAACGCUCUGCGCGAGGAAAAUCAACGUUUAAGACUCUUGUGCGAUAAACAAGCGAACGACUUGCAUCGCACUGAAGAAAAACUGGAAUUGGCACGCGAUCAAAUUGUUGCAUUGCAGCAAGAUCUUGAUGAUGCCACGAAACGUGAGCGCAAAUAUGAUCAGGAGAAGAAAUCAGCCGAAGAUCUUAUGCUUGAAUUGAGUAAAGAAGUGGAACGUUUAAGAGCCGAAACAGGACCCGCCAUGCCCACUACAUCGCUAGAGUCUAUAAGACUAGAAGAAUUGCAUCAAGAAUUAGAGCAAAUGAGACAAAAGAAUAAAAGUUUGGAGGAACAAAAUGAAGAAUUACAAGCUGCUGUGCUUACAAGGGGCGUUGAAGAGGGCCGUCAUCUUUUGAACGGCACACUGAACAGCUUGGCCCAAGAAUUAGAGGAAAUGUCACAAGCACAGGGGUCUGUGGAUUCGACCACAUUAGCGUCCUUAAGUCAGCUGCAGCAAGCUUUCCAGGAGAAAGAGGAAGAGAACACCCGCCUCAAGCAUUACAUUGAUACGAUAUUAUUGAAUAUUGUAGAAAACUAUCCGCAAUUAUUGGAAGUUAAGGCCAUAGAGAAAAACUAAUAAUAAAAAGACAUCAAAAUUUAUAUAGAGUUAAUGGAUAGAUAAAGCAAUUAAGCCCUGAACAAACAAUAAUAAUCCUUAUACCAAUCAUUCAUGGAAAUUCCUACUUAGUAUUAAAAUAACAACAAAUUAAAUAAAAACAAAUUACACAUUUUUUUCAAAUAUUAUUUUUAUAUAGACAUUAUUGUUUACUUUCUUUUUGCAAAAUUUUGUAACUCAAACUGUCUCUCAAAUAUCUUUUUAGUGUUUUAACCCUCAAAUAAUUGCCCAUUGAAAAAAACUAUAUCAUUUUAUACUAAACAACAUACUUUUUAAAAUCCAUUUACAAAAUUAUGAUUUCACAUGGAUCGUUGUUUCAUAAAAUUAAACGCCUUAAGGUUAUCAAAAUGUACGUAUAUAUAAUUGUUGCAAACUUAUUGUAGAAUCCCGUAGUUAUUGUAAAUCACUUUUAUAUAAAUUUUACAAGAAAAAAUAUAAAAAAACACAGAAAAAAAAAUUAAAAAAAAUAAAAGCAUGAAAAGCAUUGAGAAAAAAAAAAAAAUUGAAAAUAAACUAAAACAUGUGAUUAUGUACGAUUGUAAUUGAUUUCUUAAGCAUUGUGACAUUAAUCUUUUUUAAUAAAGCGAAAUCGGGAAAAAAUGUCGUGCAAAUUGUUAAUCUAAAGAAACUAAUAUUUGAAACAAAUAAAGUACAUUUUUAAGAUCAAGCA